GACAAAACCUUUUCUGGUCGAAUUUGAGGCAUUGGACCUGGACAUCCAGCCAUUUUUGAUUGCUUCAAAGAGCAACUGGAACUGCCUUGUGGGUUGGCUCCCUAGACUGGCUGAUCCACCAGUGUUAUCAAGAUGAAGAAGCAGCUGGUUCCCUUUGUUGUGGCUGGUUGGGGAAUUAUGUUGGGGUUAGCAUUCGCUUUUUCUCCAGUCCACCACCUACACCACCCACAACUACAACUGGCCCAGAUUUACAAGGAUCAUGCCAGUAAUGUUGGUGGUGGAAGAAUCAGUGCUGCUAGCCAUGCUACCCAAAGAAGAAAUACCCAGCGACAUUUAUUUUUCAACAAGGCCAUCUACAGGAUGAUUGGAAGGUCCGAAAAAGAGAAUCGGAACAACAAAAACAAAACUGAUACUACUGCUCUGCAAAUUCAGGAACACCACAACAACAAUAGCAGCAGCACAGAUGAUACCAAUGACAAUAUCCUACAGGAAAUCCCCAAAAUUCUUCCAGAGCAUGCCUCAAUGAUGAACCUGAGCAGUACCGGUAUGCAUAUCAGUGGCAGUGAUAAUGAUCACAACUUGCACAACCCCAAAUCAACACAUGAAGCUGCUGAUGACAAUAUUAUUCAUGCACCACCAGAACUAAAGGAACAACAACCUGAAGCUAUGGAACUGGAUGUCCUUAGUCCUGUGUUCUUUUCGGCUAAUAUUCAAGACAAUCUUCUAGACAAUCAACAAGGCCAAUUGUCUGAGGAGUUCCAUGAUGCCUUGGAACUCCUGGGUCCAAUGACGCUGUCGGAUCCUGCCUUUAAACUUGGAAUCAACCCCAAUGAAACGGCAAGUACAAUCAACUGGGUGGUAUCUAAUGAUACUACUUCCCCGGAUGUCGUCGUCAAGGGUACCAGUAUACCCCGCAAAAACAGCAAGGGCAGCAGCAGUAGCAAGAAAAAGACGUAUACCCCACGGCCGUCCAUAUUGGAAGCCAACAAAUUCUUCACGACGUUGCCGCCAUUCUUUAUCCCAUCCACCACGGUGCUCAACAGCAACAACAACAACAACAAAAACAACUCGACCACCAAUGUGACAACACUGUUGACUCCGGCCAUUUUUCUGGCCAAUGGUAGCAAAGUCCCGUACUAUCCCAAUUACGAUACCAAGGCAGCGUUGGCAUUUCUGGACAGCCAGGCCAAUUUUACCAAGCAACAAAUGGAAACCGUCCAGAAAAUGCUCUGGGAAACAUCUACCAAUGCGUCCAAACAGUUGGAUUCGGCACAAAAAGCAUUCUUGCAGUACGGAACACAAGUGUUGGGAGAAGCCGUGGCCACCACCACUAACAACAAUAACAAUAACAAUAACAACAGAGGAUCCGGAAUGUCCGUGGAGGAAUUGGAAGCCUACCUGAGACUCAACGGUUAUGUGAAGCAAGACGAUUUGCAACAAUCGUCGACUGACGCGAAAAAAAUGCCAUUGGUGGUGCCAAGAACGACAGCCACGGCAUCUCAAGUGGGUCGAGGACGACGACGUGUCAUGACUCGGAGCAGUGGGGGAUUUCAAUCCGUGGCAGACUUGGCCGUGGACACGACAACAACAACUACUACUACUCCCUCGAAGAGUGGUGCAUCGUCGUCCUCGGUGGCAACCACGUCGGGUCGACGAGUUGCCUUUCCACAACCCAGUGUCUUGAGUUAUGCAAAAUUGAAAUGGGGAUGCACCGUUUCGGCCUCCCUAUUGGGGUUGUUAGGUGGGAUCACCAUUGUUCCCAAUCUGUGGCUCUUGGGUGCCAUCUUUGGAGGGCUCUAUGGAUACGAAACCACCAAAAACUUGGCCGAACGACCACCGACUCAUGCACUCUCCAAAGGUAUUGUUUACUUGGGACGGUCCUUGACAUUGCAAUAUCUCAAAAUACGCGAUUUCGUGGCCGGUCUCUGGUUCAUGUACAAGACGGGACAAUUGUCCUACGAUUACUGGAAGAAAUAUGCGGCGUUGGAUCAACAAUUCGCUAUUCAAUCCAAGAUUGACGCCUGGAACGCGCGAUUUCAAAAAGGCAAGGAGAAUUUUGACUUGUGGGAGCAAGAAAACGAAGUGGGGCGCAAGAUAUUGGCAGGUUUACGAACCGUAUGGCUGGUGGAAGAAAAGUCGUUCAAAAAGAGCAGUACACGAUUCCAACAAUCCCGGUAUCGUAUCGUCCAGUACUGUUUCAAUGCGUGGCGAUACGUCAAGCUACGAGUGCUGAACCUAUAUGCCAAGAGAGGUCAAGCUUUGAAGGAACUGCAAGCUUUUUCCGAAGGCAUGCGACAAGAAUUGGUGGAUCCGUCCCAGUGGCAGGAAAAGGUGCGACCGAGGAUUGCAGCCUCCUUGGCAGCUCUGACCUUUGUCAAUUUGACGGGGGCACUAUUUGCGGCAUCACCCUUGCUGUUGGGAGUCGCAGCCGUUGUGCUGGGAGGCAUUGUUUGGCCUACUUGGUUCUCGGAAUGGUUGAGACGUGUGGGAGUCUUUUUCGAAGAGACAACAGCCAAGGGAAAGAGCGAGACACAACAACAGAAACCCAUGGAACUCCUUCGUGGCACCUUGUCUAGCAGCAGUACCACUGGAGGAGCAAACAACAACAACAUCAGCAAGAAGCAAACAGGUGCACAACCCGUGAUGAAUGAUCUUUCCAAAGUUUUCUCGUGGCCGUUUAUGAGUGAGAACGAAAAGGAGCGGUAUGACUUUUACAAACGGCCGGAUGGAUCCAAGAAGUGGUACCGGACAGGUAGCAAUCCGUGGGAUAUCAAGUCAGCUUUGCCCAAAACCUUUUGGAAGCAAGACGAGCCGGAAGAGAAGCCGUGGUGGUCGUUGAAUUGAACAUUUGAUGCUGCUGCACCGGCUUGAGCCAAGGGUUGACCCAGAAGUAAGCGGGCGCUGGACAAUUGGAUCGACGAUCUUCAACGAUAUUUGGACCAACCAAUGAAUUGGGAGUGAGGGAGUCUAUGCCCAACCAUAUCACCCUGAUGUUCCCAACCGGUCCAUCGAGGUUCCUGGCGAUCAUUGGCGUCCGGCAAGAGGAACCGCUGUCCAGCCUGCAAUCCUCGUGAUCUUGGCUCAGAAUCUCUCGUGGCUCCAGACCACCGUUGACGGAAUUGAUGUAAAGUCUCGAGCAACACGGUCGGGUCGUCGUUCUGAGCUCCGGUACAUCCGAGUUUGUCCACAUGAAAUUGAAGGAAUGACAAUCGAAUCAAAUCGUGGAACCCGGAAAACCAUCAAUCUGCUCGUAUCGUCGGAUAGAACAGAAUUGAAUUGGUGCGGUAUCGAGGCUGCACACAAAAGUUUGCCUUUUCAUCGGUCCUUUGGAGCCCUGCGGAGGCGAUAACUAUGGGAGGCGAUAACUAUGCCUGUGGUUGGCUCAGAGGAACACAGCGGAUCAGGGGUUAUUUUCGCAGUACUUUUAGUAGUCUAUAACUUGUAACUAUAGGGAAUACAUGUUGUAAUGGAAUUUACAAUGUGUGUCAGCAGCUCUUUGGAC